CGCGACGUGACUAAGACGACUUCCUUUUUGCCUUUCAACGAUCAUCAUGUCUGAUAUUAGUCCUCGCGUCAAUUCUGCAAUUUUGCCUCGUUUUAUAGGCCAAAUGGUCCGAAUUCCUUGCAAAGUCCUUACAACGACUGAUAGCACAGUCACUGUGCAGACUUCAGAUGGUGGUGAAGUUCUUGUCAAAUACACUGGGGAUCACGGAAUCUCAACCUCUUACGCGGAAAUCGUGGGGCAUGUCAUCGACCAGACCACAGUAAAGAAAGCGGCGGUCAUAAACUUGCAGUCUGAAUUAGACCUGCAAAUGGUGGACCGAGUGAUAAAACUGAUCCAUGACCCGCGUUUCUUCUCUACCAUAUUCUCAUAACUGUCAAUGUAUCGUAUCUAUUCACAUUAUUCACAUUGUAUCGCGGUUUCUAGCUCUGUAAAAUCAACUGCUUCCAUUUCAGAUACGGAGUUUACUCGCCUGACUGUCA